GGCUGGUGCAGCACCGCCACUACUGUGACACCACCAACUCGAAAGCCUCCAGUUCAUUUUCCACAAGCCCCCAGCGAUGUCGUCCCUGUCCAAGCCACUUGUCAUCAGCGCCAUUGCUGUCUCGGUGAUUGCCGCGCUCUUCAUCAUUUAUCAAUCGCAAAGUGGCAAAUCUUCGUCCAAGAGCUCCACCCCAUCCAAGGAAUCUGCCAGCGACGCAGCGGACGAGUCCUCUGCCUCCACCUCGCUCGCAAAUGUGCCUUCCCUGCCAAAGGAGCAACUCCUCGCGAUCUUGGGCGUGAUUUCCACGCAAAUGGGCCAAGUUGUCAUGUCGUUGGCCUCCAUCGAGCAAAAGAUCCGACAAGAAAGUUCGCAAAGCGGCCGCCGACUACCGGAGGACCAAUUGGCUGCCUACUUGAUGGGCCAAUUUGAGGAAGCCAUGAAGGCCAUCGAGUCUCAAGUGUACACCAAGUACACCACCACGGAACAAGACGUGACUGUCGCCUCGGAGUACUACGAGUCCAUUGAAGACACCGAAGUCCUUGCCGAAUUGAGCAAGCUGCGCGAACUUCACAACCUUAUCACAGGGUCUGGUGCCAUGGACGUUGAAGUGCCGGAGGACUUGACCUUGGACAAGUUCCUGUUCAUCAUGGAAGAAACCAUGGAAUCGCUGAACGUGGCCAUGGAAGAGGUGUGCCAGGAAGUCAAGUUGCUGGACCCUGUGGACAAGGAAGAAGCGAUUAACCAGCGCUACGUGAAGAAGGCGGACCAGCUGUCCAACGACAUUCACCAACAGCACGGCCUGUCAAGGGAAGUGCUUCAAGCAGCCAUGAUGAAGUACCAGCAAGAGACCGCCUUUCUUACGCGCAUGGCUGAGCUUCAACGCGUCCAAGCUGAACGAUUCGCUGCUGCCGGAUCCAUCUUUGGUGGGGAAGUCAACAUGGGGCUCUCGGGCGAGUAAGAUGUGGUAGAGAAGAUAAUUGCUAGAUAAGUGGCUGCAUAUAUAUAUAUUAUCCUCUGGUCAUGAUAAGCUC